AUGCCUUCGAAACACCCUGGUGAGUAUGAGUUGGCCAGCUGGUCCGAGAUCUUCUGUCAGUGCUUUCCAGUUCGCAACAAGAAGUCUGCUACUGAACCUGAUAUCGAGAUGCAGAAUAUGCCCUCAUCUUCUCACUACCCUGCAGUCAACAAUCCUGUUGUUCCUAACCACAUUGUUCGCGCCAAUCACCCCGACAAUAUCCAAAGACCUUCGCACACUUCUUGGUGGUUGAGAGACGACUCAUCUUCUUGCCCUUCUGCUCCUCCUAGCAGGAGCGGUGCGACAAACCCUAUUGCUUCUUACCUUGAUCCUACUCCUGGUCCCGUUGGAAUGAGAACACCACCUCGUACUACUAAUCCGUACACAUCUCCUCGUCGUCUUAGAUCAAGUCUUGAUGUGUUCGUUCAUAAUCCGUCUUCACCUGAAGCCUCUGCUUGUCAUACUCCUCAAUGGGUCUCUCGUCUUGGGGCUGAAACGCCUGACUCUGGAGAUGCAUCCUCGGUCUACAUGAGUGGUGGUAUACCUGCUUCUGACUUUGAUUACAGCAGUGGGCGCCUCCCUGUUGCUUCUUCUAUCUACUCUUCUGAUGCUGGCGACCACAUUUCAGCUCUACCUCCUCAUCUCACUGCUCGCAUCCCAAGAAUGAGCCCUAGGGCCGCUUCAUACGCCGCUAUACUUGACGUUCAAGCUGGUAUCGAUGCCAGACGCUCUGAAACUGUACAAACAACUGAUCAGGCUCCUCCGUCUCCUACUGGCUCUGUAAACAGCAUUGAUUUCUUCACCGGUGGUGCUAGUAGACCUGAUUUUGGUGCAAAGGUUGAAAGAAGUGGUGGUAGAACUGCUCCUGUCAGACCUGAGAGAUUCGCUGGAACUAGUCCCUAUAUCGCUUAG